GGUGUGUGGAAUCCCUCUCAGCUUCCCAGUCAUGAGCCUGUCAAAUGUGGUCUUAUCGGCCCUCUUUUCGAUUGUCACCUCAGUGGCUGUAUGCUACCUGUUCAUUUUCCCCUACCUGCUGGGGGUGAAUACCUUCCCGAGCCCCGGGCGCCUGCUGCGCUUCUUGUUCUCUUCCUCCCGGAGUCCGGCCGGCGGCGCGUCGGACGGGUCCCCCGGGCGCGGAGAGGGCCCCGAUGACCUGGAGCUUGGGGCCUGUGAUCCCGGAUCGCCGGCCGAUCUGUCGCCUCUGCAUUGCACGCUGGCGGGAGCCGGGGCCGGUGAUGCGGGUGACCUGCUGAUUGGUGGCCCAGCCGGCCUGCCUGGCGGUCUGGCCAGUGGCUGGUGGACGGCCACCGUGUCCUUCCCGCUGUGGUCGAUCUUGUCCAUCGGCGGGCUGAUCCUCGGCCUGCUCUGGCUGUCGGUGACCGUCACUCGGUUCCUCAUGCGACGCAUCUACAGCAAGACGUCGCGCGCGCGCCAGGCUCGGGCCGCAGCGCACCAAGCUCCUGUUGGCUCGGAUGGGCUCCUGUACCCGGGCGAUGGCGGAGCCUAUGCCGGAAAUAAGGUCCCCCAGGAGCUGGCCACUUUCCUGAAGUCCAUCCAAGUUCUCGGGUAUGUAGAUGAUGCCAUUGUCCUGGAGCUGGUCAAGCACACUUCCACCAAGAAGCUGCGCAAGGGGGAUCUCCUUCUGCGAGCGGGCGAGCUGGAUUCCGCCAUGUUCGUGGUGACCUCCGGCCGCAUCCACAUCCACAUUGUCGAUGGCGGGACCGCAGACUCCAGUCCCGAGGAUGGCCUGUCAGAGGAAACCGUCAUCAAUGAGGUCGCCGCCGGAGGCAGCAUCGUGUCGCUGUACAGUGUGUUGGCUGUUCUGACCGGACAAUAUCCCCCCACCUUGCCGGUGACUGCUAUUGCCGAAGAGGACACCGAGGUAUUGCGUCUGCCGCUGGAGGCGCUGGCCUCCUUGCGGGAGAACCACAAGCGCGCCGUGCGGCACAUGUUGCAGGUGAUUGUCACGCGUUUCCAACGGGUGACCGUUCUGACGGUGAACAAUUACUUUGGCCUGUCCGGGGAGCUGGCCACGAUCGAGCGCCGCAUGUCGGAGCUGAGCGUCCGCAUGAGCCAAGAUGCGCGGGCCCUACUUGGGGCCGAUCUAUCCCGUGGCGCAAUGCCCGACCUUGCAUCAGAGCCAUCCAGUCCCGGACACACGCACGGGUCCAAUGGCGGUGUCCAUGGCGGCAGCGGCGGCAGCGGCAGCGGCAGCGGCAGCGGCAGCAGCAGGAGCAGCACCAGCACCAGCCUGUCAUCACCUCCGGCCAGUGGGGAUGCGCCCUCCUCGGCCACAUCGGCCAGCGAGCUCCAGGCCGCGGCCACCGCCAUUGCCGGGGUCCUGGGCCUCGAGGCGCUGGUUUCCCGAUCUCCGCACUCUCCCCGGCUGUCGGUGACUGAUGAGCUGGAGAUUGUAACCGCACAGCCCGGGGACCGCCUCACGGCGGCCGGGUCCCUCCGCCUGGGCUUGUAUUAUGUGAUCGAGGGGCAUCUUCGAGUGUACAUGUACGAGCCGAGCGGCGGCCGGCGGCGGCUUGUGAAUACCGCCGGCCCGGGCCGCUUGGCCGGGUUCCUGCCGAUCUUGACGAGUUUCCCCUCAUUCCUGGAGAUCGAGGCGGCCUCCGAGCCGGAUGGCAGCGGACCCAACAAGGGCACCCUCAACUCGACGGCCUCCUCGGGCGCACACUCGGCCGAGGGCGCCACGAGUGCCUCUUCGCGGCCAGUCCGAGUGGCCUUCUUCUCACGCGAGAGUUUCGAGGCCUUGAUGGACAUGCGCAAUAGCAACGCCUGGACGGCCAUUGCGCGGCACAUUCUUCACGGGGUGACGCCGCUGGUUCGUCAAAUUGACUUCGGCCUGGAGUGGCUGCACGUUGAGGCCGGGCAGGUCCUUUACCAUGAGGGGGAGGAUCCCUUUGCCCCGUGUGGUCUCGGAGGGUCCAUCUCCGGCCUGGGGGAGCGUUCUCCGGAAGGGAGCUCUCCCGGAUCAUCAAGCCCAGGCCCUGGGCUUGGCGGGGACUUGCGCGUGCCCUUCAAUGCCGGGGUGCUGUCUGCGGCGGCGGCCUUCUCCUCGGCGGCCUCCCUUCAUCGGGCGCGCCAUGGCGGGCCAAUGACACGCGAUGCUUCGCCAAGCCCCUCCGUCGCGUCGGAAAAGAGCCCCUCAGCCGCGAGUCCCGGUGGUGGCAGCACCGCCGGCGAGGCCGAGGGGCUGGGCUCCGACCGGUCCUUCUCGCGGGCACCCAAUUCGCCGACCUCCUUCUCGGACAAGUCGCUCUUUAAUUUGAGCUACUUCGCCUCGAGCCGCGAGUCACUUGGGCACACGGUUGGGAGUCCCUCCGGGGGGGACUUCCACCCCGGUGAUCCGGCCGCCGGGCCAGCGGCAUCCAGCGGCACUGGCACUGACUGUCGUGACCGGGGUGGAGUGUAUGUCGUCCUGCAUGGGCGUCUUCGGUCCCUCCAGCGUAAUGCCAUGGAUGAGUUGAUUGUCAAUGCGGAGUUUGGCCAGGGUGACGCGGUCGGCGACAUUGAGCUACUCACCGCCUCGGCCUACACCUCGACCGUGCAUGCGGUUCGCGAUUCGGAGCUGGCUCGAGUGCCGCGCAAACUCUUCGAUGCUCUCAUCCGGCAUGUCCCCCAAGUGACGAUCCACAUUUCGCGGGUGAUCGCCUCCAAGUCCAAGGAGGCCUGGCUGAACAGCCUCUCGGCGGAUGCCACUCCAAAGGUCAUUGCCUCGCGUUCGCGGAUGAAGAAUGUCAAAACCAUUGCCGUGAUCCCCUCCAACCGCGAUGUCCCAAUCGACCAGUUCAUCGAUCAGUUUUCGGCGGCCCUGUCCAACAUCGGGGCAACUCUGGUCCUGGACAGCACCAGUGUCCUGAGGGCCCUCAAAUCCAAUGCCUUCGAGCGUGUUGGGCACUUGCGUUUGCUUUCUUGGCUGGAAGAGCAGGAGGCCAAGCACACGACCAUUCUCUUCAAGGUUGACCAAUGGCAAUCUCCCUGGAUGACAUUGAGCGCCCGGCAGGCAGACUUGAUCCUGGUGGUUGCACAGGGCUCCAAUGCACAUGGGGACAUGACCGACAUCAAUCCGGCCCCGGGGAUCUUCGAGCGGGUGCUGGAAACGCGCCUGAAGCCGCGCGCUCGGCGAGAGUUGGUCCUGCUGCAUCCCGAUCGUUCCAUCCAAUCCGGCAGCACGGCUCCCUUCCUGGAUGCUCGGCCCUGGAUCCAAUUCCAUCACCAUAUCCUUCUCUGCCCUCGAAAGGUCCUCUACUCGACAACUCGGCUGUCCUCGGUUUCCUCGACCGAUGACGAUCCCUCCUUCCCGAUCGGCAGCCCGAAGAUGUCGCCUCUGGCGCCGAUCGCCCGUGCGGCCAAGAAGACCUUCUCCUCGCUCAUGCACAAAACCAUGUCCCCGCUGUCGCUGUCGACAUCGGCGCUGUUGGCUGCGCAGGCGCGCGACUUUGCCCGGCUGGCCCGACAUGUGACCGGUACAUCGGUGGGGCUGUCGCUCGGGGGCGGCGGCGCGCGUGGCCUGGCGCAUCUCGGCGUCCUCCGAGCGCUGGAGCGUGACAACAUCCCGGUGGACUUCGUGUCCGGGUCUUCGAUGGGCGCCUUCAUCGGGAGCCUCUAUGCUAGCAACCUGAAUCUGGUCGAGUCGCUGGCCCUGACGCGGAAGUUCUGCUCCCGUAUGGCCUCGGUCUGGUACCAGUUGGCCGACCUGACAUACCCCUUUGCGAGCUGGUUCUCCGGACGACAGUUCAACCGCGCCAUCCAAAAGGUCCUCGGUGAGAAGCAUGAAAUCGAGGAUCUCUGGCUGCCCUACUUCUGUGUGGCCACCAACAUCACCAAGUCCCGGAUGGAAAUCUGCCAGCGCGGGUCCGUUUGGCGGUUUGUCCGCGCGUCCAUGAGUCUCUCGGGCUAUAUGCCGCCCAUUUGCGACACCAAUGGCGACAUGCUGCUUGAUGGUGGCUACCUGAACAACCUGCCGGCCGAUGUGAUGCUCAAUCAAUUCGGCAUCAAGCGUGUAAUCGCCGUGGAUGUCGGUGCCGAUGACGAUACCAAGCCCAUGGAUUACGGCGACUCGCUGAAUGGCUGGUGGCCACUGCUGUACUGGCUGGUGGGCUGGGAGUACCGAGCUCCCUCGCUUGCAGACAUCCAAUCCAAGCUGGCCUAUGUCCAAUGCGUCACGCAAUUGGAGCGCGUGAAGCGCAUGCCCGGCUGCUUCUACCUUCGGCCACCGGUGACCACGUUCCGGACGCUGGACUUUGACAAGGUCCAGCUCAUUGUCAAGGCCGGUCGCGACUAUGGGCUUGAAAUUGUUGAACGCUGGCGCUCCGAGGGCCACUUUGCGGAAUUCCUGUCUGAACCCAGCGGCCAUGUACAUCCUGCAUUGCACACCAGCCGUGCCGGCUCGGCGACCAUCUUGUCUGGCGGCCGGCCUGGGCCGGAGAGCUUCCCCAAUAGCCCGUCCGAGUUGGGCACGCCACAGGCACACGCGAGCAUCGCCCAUCAGGCUCGCGGCCGGGCCAACGAGGGCCCACUGUCGGCGGCCGGCCGGGCCUCGCGACCGGAUCUGACCCCCGGUCACUCGAAUGCAUCCUCCCUGUCGUUGGACUUUUCUCGGCCACCCGGUGGGCCUCGGCGGCCGGCGGCCGGGACCCCGGAUCCGCUUCCCGGAACCGGCCGGCUCCGAGCCGGGGUCCUCCCCUUCGCCAACCGGCGGGUCUCCGUGUCCGGCUCACAUGCGGAUAUGUCUCCCUCCUCCGGAGCAAAGGGGCCUCGCGGGUUGGUCGCGUCUCCCGGGUCGCCGAUGGCCACGCUCGCGGCCACGGGGGGGCUUUUCGUUGGACGCACGCAUGUGUCACUGCCUCCUUCGCCGCGCUUCGAUCAGCGCGAUGCUCCGGCCAGUGGGGCCGCGCGUGAUGGGUCCCCUGCUUCCGAAGGAGUGACCCCCUCUUCCGGGACUCCGCCCGCGUUUGGGGCAUCUGGCCAGCUUGUGGUACAUGGCUCAUCGGAAAAGGGCCAUCCCGCUGGCUCGCUGGCUGAUGGCGACACGCCGCGGGAUCUCGAGGAUGGGCUUGGCAUGGGCCACGAGACCAGUGACCACGCCGGGUCCAGCGAUGCCCAUGGCCCGUGCGCAGCAUCGCCAACCGAGUCGCCGGGCGGUGCCUCGGCGGCCACCGAGUCCGUGGCCGCCGACCUGGCGGCAAUGCCGGCGGUCCAUGCGGAUGAUCCCCCGGGUGACAUUGCGACCGAUGAGGAUGGCACGCAGACCGCCCAGGGCGACGACCUGACUGCCAGUUCCCCAGGGCCUGAGCAGGACAUCCGCGGUGCCGAACCGGCCACGGGAGAGGCUGCCGAGGAGGAGUCUGUUGAGGCCGCGCUGCGCGAGGCCGCGGCCGAUGCGGGUCUCGCGGCCCCGAUCGCGACAGAGCCACCAGCCGCUGACCUGGCCGGCGACUCGACUGUCGAUGCCCCGGCGGGCGGCGAUGCGCCAGCCCCCGCGGAGGAUGCCGACAUCUCGAUUGACUAUGAUUUUGCCUCCGGGCAGGACAACUCUGCCACCAUCAUGGCACAUUACGGCGGCCGGCCGCAGAUGAUGCACCGGCGCAAUUCCCUCUAGAGUUGCACACUCCCGGGCUGGGACAAUCGCCCGGUCUGUUCCCCCCCCCCCCUCCCUCUCAACGCGUCUGUCUGUGUGUGGGUGACUGUCACUGGGCGGUCGGAGUGCCUUCCGCCUGCAUGUGCCGCUGCUGCUGAGUCAGGUGCAUCUCCCAGCGCGUUCUUGUUCCUCCUGUCCCGCUGGUUGUGUCGAUGUG